CCUUUUUGCACAACUUUGCGACAGCCGAUGAACAUGGUGGCGAAGGCGGCGGCGGCGGCGUGCGCCAUCUUGGCGGCGUCGAUGAUGGCGUCGGCCGAGUUGAGACAGGUGCUGGUCGUGUCGCGUCAUGGUGUGCGUGGCCCUUACGGCCCAGACGACUUGCCGCCCACGGAGACCAACAUGCAGCGGUACUCGAAGAACAAGUUCCCGUUCCCUGUCAAGGGCACCGAGUGGGGCACGUCCAACAACGACGCGGAGCUCGUGACACCCAAGAUCACAAAGCACGGCGCGCAAGUCAUCCGCCGCAUGGGAGAGUACUUUGCCCAGCACUUGUAUCCGUCGAUCGCCGCCGCGAGCGCUUCGUGCGGCGACGCCUUUGCCUACGCCGAUGACAACGAGCGAGACUAUAUCACGGCGCAAGAGUUCCUCCAUGGAUUCCUGCCGACCUGUGCCGACUUGUCGCCCGUCACGAACGGGACGCGACUGCUCUUUGAGCAAGGCCAGGACCCGACAGCCACGUGCCCCGUGGCAUCUCACUCGAUGUACGAGGGCAUUGUCGGCGCGUCGACCACCGACAACGUCGCUCGGCUGUUUGAGCGUCAAAUUGCGCGGCUGAAUGCCGUCGUCGACUGCUGCGAGCCGGUGGUGUGCAACUCGACCGCCGCCGACGGCUGCGACCUCUUCCACGUGCCGUCCACAUGGACGGGCAAAUUUUACGACCCGUGGCACGACUCGUUGUCGGAAGCGCAGUUCCUCUCCGAGUGGUUCCUCCUGCAGAGCCUGAACAACAUGUCGCUGCCGCCGUCGAUGGCGCUCGACGACGUCGUCGCCCUUGGAGCCAUCCACAAGGCCCACAUGGACCUCGUAACAAACCAAUUCAACUCGGAGAACUUUGGGUCGACCCUUCUCGUGCACUUGGUUGCGAGCAUGCAGCAGACGAUCCAGCAGUCGUCGCCAGAAGCCGUCGCGCGCCACCGCGACGACGAUGGCCCCCAUCUUCUGCAGAGCCUCUCCAACACGUUCCUCUUUUACGCGGGCCACGACAUCAAUCUGCUCUUCCUCAAGAACCUGCUGCGCCUCGAAUGGGAGACGGAAAACUGGCUCGCCGACCAGCCCAACCCCGGCAGCAUGCUCGUGCUCGAGCUGCACGCCGACCGCCCGCACAGCACUGCCGAGACCGACUUUUACGUCGAAGCGUUCUUCAUGGCCGCGUCGCCGACGCAAAUUCGCCACGCGCAAGUGCUGACGCCGGAAAACCCCCCGGAUCGCGUCCCGGUCGCGAUUCCGCACUGCUCCCAGGACAUCGUGCUCGCCAACGGAACCGCGGCCGUGCGAUGCGCGUUUUCCGACUUCAAGCACGCGGCCGGCCUCGCGAUCCGUCAAGCGUGCGUGAGUCCGUCGCUGGCGAAAUUUGCCGCGUCCCUCUUGGCGCCGACGCGCGUCCCGCGCCACUCGGCGUCGUGGGCGUUCAAGGUCGUCGUCGUCACCGUCCUGUCCGUGUCGCUGCUGCUGAUCGUGUGGAAGUACAUCGCGCGCCUGAACCAGGCAAAGACGCCAGUGUUCAACAGGUACACCGCGCUGGAAUAGGCCGCAUCGCCGCGCCGACUAAAGCAAUUUUUCAUCGACACUACAACACGCCGACUCUUUC